UUACUCAUACAACAUACAACUUGUAUUAUCAAACAACUCUCCAUAAACAAAAUGUUCAAAUUCGCUGCCAUUUUCGCCACCCUCUGCUUGGCCGCCACUGCCGUCUCCGCUGGUAUCCUGGAAACCCAUCAUGUGGUCCAUGAACCCGUUGUAGCCAAGGUAGGACAUGUUGUCCACUCCGCACCCUCAGCUGUGUCCCAUCAAAGUAUUACCCAAGUCCACAACAAGGCUGUCGUACAACCUGUCUACACUCCCGUGGUGAAGACCACCGUUCAUGCUGCUCCCGUUGUCAAGACCGUCCAUCAUGUUGCUCCUGUUGUCAAGACUGUUCACCAUGUUGCUCCCGUUGUCAAGACUGUCCAUACUCCAGUUGUCCAUCAUGUUGCUCCUGUUGUACACUCUGUUCCAGUUGUCCACUCCGUUCCCGUUGUACACUCUGCUCCUUUGGUCUCUGUCCACCAUCAUCAUUAGAGGAUAUUUGGGAAAUUGUUGUU